CUUAACAUUUCACAUAAACCGUUUCGACCACCUUAAGGCCAUGUCUGCCAAUACUUAUAAUUAAUUACAAAGUAUUGGGUCAUUUGACAUUUUCUACCACUCUACUAACAAACCACCUAAGUGCUUGCUAGCGAUCGGGCGGGGCCGGAAAAGAUUCUUGUUUAUUGGUUCAUUCUCUCACCGUUCAGUUCUCCAGCGAUUAAUGCAGAGAAGAGUGAAAUAAAAACAGAGAGAUUAUCAUUUAUCAGAAACUGCUCAAAAAUUCCCAGGCAAGAAGAUAAAAAGAUGGUGGGACCAAAGAGGCCUCUCUUUGUGCUGUUUGGAUCGUCAAUAGUUCAGCUCAGUUUCAGCAAUGGUGGAUGGGGUGCCAUACUUUCCGACAUCUACGCUCGUAAAGCUGAUGUAAUAUCACGCGGCUACUAUGGUUGGAAUUCUCGACGAGCUAUCCAAGUCCUUGAUCAAAUUUUUCCUAAGGAUGCUGCUAUUCAGCCUUCAUUGGUGAUCGUAUAUUUUGGAGGUAAUGAUUCUAUGGGACCUCACUCAUCUGGACUAGGUCCUCACGUACCACUUCCGGAGUAUAUUGAAAACAUGAGAAAAAUAGCAACCCAUCUCAAGAGCCUAUCGGACACAACUCGCAUAAUCUUUCUCAGUUGUCCACCUGUCAACGAGGCUAAACUUCAUGAAAACAGAAGUCCAUACCUCAGCGAGCUAGUUCGAACAAAUGAAUUAUGCCGGAAUUAUUCAGAAGCUUGUAUAGAGUUGAGCAAGGAGAUGCAUAUAAAGGUUGUUGAUCUUUGGACUGCAAUUCAGAAACGAGAAGAUUGGUUAACUGCUUGCUUUACAGAUGGAGUUCACUUAGCUGCUGAGGGCAGUAAGAUAGUUGUAGAAGAAAUACUCAAGGUGCUGAAGGAAGCUGAAUGGGAGCCAUCACUCCACUGGAAAUCCAUUCCCACUGAAUUUGCAGAGGAUUCUCCCUGUGAUCUAGUUGCUUCUGAUGGAAAAACCACCUUGAAUCCGUCUGAAUGGACUUUUCACAGAGAAAUUCAAUGGGACUAGACUCGUUCAAUCGUCGUUUCAUGGGAUUCCUUGUGUCUAAAAUGCUAUAGGUGGGAGAAAAUGAAGAUAUAAUAUUAUAUGGAAUUGCAUUGGCUCUAUGAAUGGAAUUUACUUCAUUUUAUAA